UGCUGUAUAAAUAGCAAAAUCGAUUCGUAGUAGGACUAUUAUUAAGAAAAUACACAGCAAUGAUGGAUAAUAUUUUCAUUUGUGUUGUUUGUGCUUUGGCUUUAUGCUGUUUAGCAGAGGAAUUACCUGCUGUGAAAACAAAAGUUGGGAAAAUUACCGGAUUAAGAGAAAAUACGAAUUUUCAAGGUAAACAGUAUGCAGUUGAUAGGUACCUCGGCAUUCCGUACGCAAAACCUCCUGUUGGCAAUUUGAGGUUCAAGAAACCUGAACCGCAUAGUCCAUUUGUAGAAACGUUUCAUGCGGAAAAGUUUGGACCCGCUUGUGUCCAGUUUGAUUGGAUGGGUUUGAUUCAAAAUACGUCGGAGGAUUGUUUAUCUUUGAACAUAUUCAUCCCGGUGCAAGAUCCGGACCAGUCUACGGGACAUGCUGUCUUGGUUUUUAUGCAUGGAGGUGGCUUUUCGGUUGGGGAAGCUGCUAUGUAUCCCGGCGAUAUUUUGGCAGCCGUCGGCAAUGUUAUUGUUGUGACAAUUAACUAUCGCCUUGGAUUACUUGGAUUUCUUGAUCUGGAUGAUCCACGUGCUCCUGGAAAUUUUGGUUUAUGGGACCAACACCAGUCUCUUGUCUGGGUGAAUGAAAAUAUUGCUAGUUUCGGUGGGGAUAAAAACCGCGUCACAAUUUUUGGCCAGUCUGCAGGCUCUGUCGCUGUUCAACAUCAAUCAAUAUAUCCUAAAAAUAGGGAACUGUUUCGUGGUGUCAUCGCUCAAAGUGGUUCUCUGACAAUUUCCCAAACGGUAACAUCGCCACUUAACCACAAGGAGGCGGGAAAUUUCUACGCUGAAAAAAUAGGAUGUAAAACUGAUACUGUAGAUCAUAUCUUCGAAUGUCUCGUGAAAGCUACUCCGGAGAGUAUUACAGAUGUUAUGAAAAACGCCGCUUAUAGUGGCAGUAGGGAUGAAAUAACGAAGACAGCGCUUUUUCCUAGCAUUGAUGGCGAAUUUAUGAAAUACCAUCCAACAGACCUAUAUAAAAGAGCAAGAAAUGAACAUCUUGCAGAAAUUGAAUUUUUGAGAUCUCUUAAACUGAUAAACGGUAUCACUGGAAAUGAUGGAUUGGCAUUUGUACAGGCAAGUGACGAUAUGCAAGUUACUCGCCAGGAGAUGAACAGUCAACAUAUCCCCUCUAUUGCGUCAUUGAUAUUUAACCCCCCAAUACCGGAAGCAGUCACCGAGCUUCUUAUUUCCGAAUACACAGACUAGAAGAACCCGGAUGACCCUAUACGAUUACGCGAUCAGUACGUGGAUGCACAAACCGACACUAAUUACAAAAUUCCUCUCGUAGAGUUCAGUCAGUUGCAUGCAAAUGUUUCAAACAGUGACAGUUACACUUACAUGUUCGAUGCAUUAUUAGAUAAGCAUAUAAUACCAUCACCAAGCUGGAUGCAAAAGGGAAACCAUGGCGACGAGCUGGCUCCUGUUUUUGGAUAUCAUAAAGGCUACACAUCGAUGUACAUCAAGGAACCAGAUUAUACAAUUCCAGAAUGGGAAUUGGAACUUUCCCGAAGGAUAAUGACUCAUUGGUCUAAUUUUGCGAAAUCUGGUGAUCCAAACGAACCAGUUAAAAGUGUUCGUCAGUGGCCAAAAUACAACUUGGACACACAAGAAUACAUGAUUUUCGACAAGGAAGAUUCCAGUAAGCUUUAUUUAGGUGCACGUGAACUGAAGUUUAGAGAAAUCCUAACAAUGGUUAGAGAAGAGGUGCUGCACGUGAAACCCGGGAAAUCAUAUUUCAAGUCACAAGACAAGGAUGAAACGUGCGUGAAAGAUGGCAGCUGUGAUGGAGAAUAAGAAAAAACAUUUGUAUCAAAUGGAUUUUAGUUAAAGACGUUAGUACGACCUACAUUUUUCUUGGUCGUAAAGAUAACAGUUUGUUGUUAGACUCAAAUUUUUUAAUGUUUGCUUAUAGAAAGUUCCCACCUUUUGUAAAUCCAGCUAAAUAUGUAAACACUAUAUUGAAAUAAUGGAAUGCCCAAAUUUAGGAUUGUACAAGAAAAGCAUUGAUGUCUACAUCAAAGGGCGCCAUGUAAUUAUAGGAGACUGAACAAGUUAAAUUUCGUCUUUCUGUUCAUAAACAACAGUAAGAAAUUCACAAAAUAUGUAUUAAAUCAACGCAAUCAAUACAGGAAAACAGAGAUAUAAUAUUAUGCAAUUUUUAUUAAGAAUUGAGAAAAAUUCAAAACGUGCUUUUCAGUUUACUGUGACUAAGAAAAAUGUUGCAAUGAAAGAGAAUUGAAGAUGGAAGUGAAAAAAAGUUUGACCUUAAACGUAAAUACUAAAAAUGUAUACACUUGUGUAUAAAUAAAUAUUUAUUCAUUUGAAAGACUUAAUAAAUCAUAAGUGUUUGAAAUUAUUUUUUGUCCAAUGGCAUUGCAGUAUAUUUCAAAUUAUCAGGAAAUUUAUUUUGGUAAAUCAACAUUUACUUCCAGUCGUUUAUUAACCCAGUAAGUCACAUACAGUAGGCAGAGCUUAAAUUUGUAAACAAAAAAAAAUUUCAAACACUUAACAGGUUAGUGUUUAUUAGUAUACAUUUAUCAAAUUGAAUUGGUCGCGCGGCUGCGCCGUGCCAGACCAAUUUACUUUGAUAAAAACUUACUAAUAAACACUAAACUAUACAUAGAAUGAACAGUAUCUUCCUUAAAACAUACUCAUGUAUCAAUUUAAUAUGAAAUUAUCAAUAGAGAGACUCUCCGAUUAAUACCUCGCGCUAAAAAUUAGGAUUAGUGUCAUGCGGUGACAUUAAUGUUUAAAACUUUCAAAUAAUUUGUUUUAAAAAUGGUUGUAUAUGUAAAAACUCGAACUUUGUCAAUAAUUUUAAAAGAACAAAAAGAAUUUACAUGCUGUCAUUAUAAAAAUGUUUUAUUUCUUACUAAACAUUGAUAAGAUCUUGCAGUGUCAAACUAAUUGCUAUUAUACGUCUGUUAAUAGUCUUAUUGCAUUUUAUUACAUAAUCUUAAUAUCUGUUUAGUAAGUUAAUAGUCUUUUGACACGCAGGGACAGAGGUCCCUGGUCACGUGAAACCUCACUAAGUAUCGCAGUAUGCGAGAUUUUUUGCUAGGGGACAUGUCGAGGGUUCAACGCAAUAAGGGCGUAUAUACCUACAUAUAAUUAUUAUAUGUAGAUACGCCCUUAUUGCAUUGAACCCUCGAUGUAGGUUUACUGCAAUAUCAUUGGUUAAUAUUAUUGUUGUCAUGAACCUCAUAAAACUCAAUGAUAACCGUUAAUCAGAAGAUUUUUACCUGCGAAAUAAGAAGGAUAUAUACUUCUGUGUUUCAUGUCGAGAUAUCCGACAAGAUAAUUACAAAGAUUUAAUUAAUUUAGUUGUGUUUAUAGAAAUUAUUGUUGUUAUGUGGACAUCCAUAUAUUGUUGUUGAAAACUGAAUAAAAAAAAGAAACAGAA